CCAUCGACCAAUCUCUUUGCGACCUCUGUAAUCUAUAUUAUAUUAUGAAACUUCUUCUCUACUACUAGUAUUAGGUGGGUCCGGUCAUUGCGGCUUAAACCCCUCUCUCUAUAUUCUUAUUUUAAUAUUCUUUUCGUCUUAAUUUACAUUGGUUGAAGUUGAAUUCUUCUGGUUUUUUUUUUUUUCGAGAAAUAUUGAAAGGUAAUGCGUAUAUAUAUUAAUCAGCUGUAGUACGUACUACUGUUUUCUUUAGUGCAAAUUGGAUUGAGGGUGUUGACAUUUUAUUUUCUUCAUCUUUCUAUGCCUGUAAGUUUGAAUUUCUCUAAAGAUACGAGUCAAAUACUGCAUGCUCCAGUAUAUAUAUUAGAAGGUGAGGGUGUUAUUGAGAUGGUUAUAUGAAAAGGAAUAGUAAAAAGAGAAUAUCAAGCAAGAGACGAAAGGGUCAUGGAGGAUCAUGCCUUAAUGAGAAGAUCUGGACAUGGAGGUUUGCCCAAGGAAGAGAUACCACCUCCUGAUUCUAGUAGUGGUGGGGGUGAUGAUCAAGGUUCUUGCAGAGAAGAUAUUGUUGCUAAGGUUGGAAACAAAAGACCAUACCAUGAGACUGAUGACAUCAAGUCAUCUUUAUCAGAACCUAAUAAAGAUUUAAGCUGGAAUAAGCAGGUAGGUAUAGCGACGAACAAGGAAAGACCCACCAUGGAUUUUUAUUCAAAAGCAUCUUCUUCCAGCCCAAAGCAACAGGACAAUUGGCUUGAAUCAGCAAGAGCUGAAAUGGAAGAGGUGAGAAAAGAAAAUCAAAGACUGAAAUUGUACUUGGGUCAAAUGAUGAAAGAUUACCAAGCUCUUCAAAAGCAAUUCUAUGAAAUUAUUCAACAAGAAGAAACAAAGAAAUCUACAUCUACAGUCGAUAAUCAUGAUCAUAAUCUUGAUCAUCAUCAAACAGUUGAAGAACCUGAGCUUGUUUCCCUUAGCUUAGGGAGAUUUUCAAGUGACUAUUCUAUAAAGGAUGGAAAGAGCAAGACUUCUAGCCAAGGGAAAGAUGAUAAUGAGAUAGCUAAUAAUGAAGGUCUUUUUCUUGGACUAGACUGCAAAUUUGAAGUUUCGGAAGUAAUUAAUGGGAAUGAACAGUCUUUGCGUCCUAGUCCCGUGGAUAGCUUUGAAGAACAACCCAAGGAAGAAGAUGGAGAGACCUGGCCGCCUAAGGUUCUAAAGAAUACUAUGCCAGGUGGAGAAGAUGAAGCUCUGCAACAGAACCCUCUCAAGAAAGCUAGGGUUUGUGUGAGAGCUAGAUGUGAUACUCCAACGAUGAAUGAUGGAUGCCAAUGGAGGAAAUAUGGACAGAAAAUUGCAAAGGGAAAUCCAUGCCCUAGAGCAUAUUAUCGCUGCACUGUUGCACCAUCUUGCCCAGUAAGGAAACAGGUUCAGAGGUGUGCAGACGAUAUGACCAUUUUAAUAACCACGUAUGAAGGAACACACAACCACCAACUUCCUCUUUCAGCAACAGCAAUGGCUUCCACCACUUCUGCAGCUGCUUCUAUGCUAUUGUCCGGUUCAUCUUCGAGCUCUCGAACAGGCCCCAACCACUCAUCACCCACCACAAGCAUCCCUGCUGAUCUGCAUGGGCUAAAAUUUUUCCUAUCCAAUAACUCCUAUGAUUCUAAGCAAUUCAACUUGCACAACUCUUCCCUUUCAACUUCACCUUCACACCCUACAAUCACUCUUGAUCUAACUAAUUCUUCAAACCCACCCUCAUCAUCAACUUUCAUUAAUAGACCAUUUUCUUCAACGUACCCUCCAGUUCCAAAAUUUGCUCCUCCUAAUACUCUAAACUUCGGUUCUUCUGAGUCUAGUGGAAUGCCUUGGAGCAAUGGGUUCUUUAGCUAUGGAAAUAAUACUUCUCAACCCUACAACAAGAACCCACUUAUUGGAAGUUUAAACCUAGGUAGAUCAAUCAUGGAAAACAACAUUUUUCAAUCCUACAUGCAAAAGAAAACUCCAGCUACUACCACCACUCAUCAACAGGCAUUACCAGAUACUAUAGCUGCUGCAACCAAGGCAAUAACAGCAGACCCAAGUUUCCAAUCUGCUUUAGCAGCUGCUCUCACAUCUAUCAUUGGCACUGGAAAUAGCGGCAGCAGUGGCGUUGGCAGUGGUGGUGGUAGUUUAAAUCUUGGUAGUGGGGAUAACAUGGCACAAAAUUUGAAGUGGGGUGAAAAUUUUUCAGUGGCUAGCAGUUGCUCAUCAACAAUUACUACUCCUAAAGGCAAUGCAUGUGCAACAAGCUACCUGAACAAAACUACUUCAACAAACUCUCAGCCAGGAAAUUUGAUGUUACUGCCGCCUAAUUCGCUGCCAUUUUCUUCUCCUAAGAGUCCUAAUGACAGCAGAGACCACGCCAGUUAAUCAAUACUUGUUUGAAUGUCGAUUUUUUUUUUCGUCAAUAGCCUGUAAUAAUUAAUAUGUGACAAAUUUUUUUUGGCAUGGAUGGUGACAACAAACAAAGGAAAAUGGAUUAAAGGACUUUUCUUUUUUA